CCACACGCCGUCGGCGCUAUAGCAACGGUAGCUAGCGGCGGGGAGAGAGUGGCGAUACGCAAUGUCUGGUCCAACUGAUGAGACUGCAGGAGACCUGCCUGUGAAAGAUACAGGUCUAAAUCUCUUUGGAAUGGGAGGGUUACAAGAAACUUCAACAACACGGACAAUGAAGUCUCGCCAGGCAGUGUCACGUAUCAGUCGUGAGGAACUGGAAGACAGAUUUUUGCGUUUGCAUGAUGAGAACAUUUUACUUAAACAGCAUGCCCGCAAGCAAGAGGAUAAAAUUAAAAGAAUGGCCACCAAGUUAAUACGGCUAGUUAAUGACAAGAAAAGAUAUGAACGGGUUGGUGGCGGCCCCAAGCGGCUGGGAAGAGAUGUGGAAAUGGAAGAAAUGAUUGAGCGGCUGCAAGAGAAAGUUCAUGAGCUUGAAAGACAAAACGAAGUCCUCAAAAACAGACUAAUUUCAACCAAACAGCAACUUCAGAUCCAGGGUCACAGGCAAACUCCAUACAGUUAUGUGCAAUCUCGCGUUAACACUGGGCGUAGAAAAGUGAAUGAAUAUGCAGGCUUACAGGAAUGCCCCAGGAAAGGUAUUAAAUUCCAAGAUACAGAUGUAGCGGAAACUCUGCAACCCAUGCCUACAAAACAUGGCAACAGUUUACUCGAAGAAGCCAGAGGAGAAAUAAGAAAUUUAGAAAAUGUUAUUCAGUCACAGAGAGGCCAGAUAGAAGAGUUAGAGCACUUGGCUGAGAUCCUGAAAACUCAGUUGAGGAGAAAAGAAAAUGAAAUUGAGUUAUCUCUUCUUCAGCUUCGAGAACAGCAGGCUACAGAUCAAAGGUCAAACAUUCGGGACAACGUAGAAAUGAUUAAGCUUCAUAAGCAACUAGUGGAGAAAAGCAAUGCUCUUUCAGUAAUGGAAGGAAAAUUUAUUCAGCUUCAAGAGAAGCAAAAAACUCUCCGGAUCAGCCAUGAUGCCUUGAUGGCAAAUGGAGAUCAGCUAAACAUGCAGCUUAAAGAGCAGCGUUUAAAAUGCUGCAGUCUUGAGAAGCAGUUACGUUCCAUGACAUUUUCUGAAAGAAGAAUAGAAGAGCUGCAGGAUAGAAUUAACGAUUUAGAAAAGGAACGGGAACUUUUAAAGGAAAACUAUGAUAAACUUUAUAACAGUGCCUUCAGUGCUGCCCAUGAAGAGCAAUGGAAGCUAAAGGAACAGCAGCUGAAAGUACAGAUUGCUCAACUCGAGACUGCCUUAAAAUCCGAUUUAGCAGACAAAACUGAAAUCCUUGACAGAUUAAAAACUGAAAGAGACCAAAAUGAGAAAAUCAUUCAAGAAAAUAGAGAACUACAGUUACAGUACCUGGAACAAAAGCAACAACUUGAUGAACUUAAAAACCGCAUGAAGUUUUACAACCAGGAGAGUGAUAUUAAUGCUGAUGAAUUGAGUGAAGCUCUCCUGCUUAUAAAGGCUCAAAAAUCACAAAAAAAUGGAGACCUUUCUUUUUUAGAGAAAGUAGACAGUAAAAUUAAUAAAGAUCUAGAACGCUCCAUGAAAGAGCUGCAAGCAACUCAUGCAGAAACAGUGCAAGAGCUUGAAAAGACAAGAAACAUGCUAAUUAUGCAACAUAAAAUUAAUAAAGAUUAUCAGAUGGAAGUUGAGGCAGUGACCCAGAAGAUGGAAAAUUUGCAGCAAGAUUAUGAACUCAGAGUGGAACAGUAUGUCCACCUUCUUGAUAUCAGGGCUGCACGCAUCCAGAAACUAGAAGCCCAAUUAAAGGAUAUUGCGUAUGGCACCAAGCAGUACAAAUUUAAACCAGAAAUCAUGCCAGAUGACUCCGUUGAUGAGUUUGAUGAAACCAUUCACUUAGAACGAGGCGAAAACCUACUUGAAAUCCAUAUCAACAAAGUAACCUUUUCUUCUGAAGUUUUACAGGCAUCUGGAGAUAAAGAGCCUGUCACCUUCUGUACCUAUGCUUUCUAUGAUUUUGAACUACAGACAACUCCCAUAGUGCGGGGCCUUCACCCAGAAUAUAACUUUACUUCUCAAUAUCUCGUUCAUGUUAAUGACUUAUUCUUACAAUACAUUCAGAAAAAUACUAUUACUCUUGAGGUCCACCAGGCUUACAGCACAGAUUAUGAAACAAUCGCGGCAUGUCAAUUGAGAUUCCAUGAAAUUCUAGAAAAAAGCGGUCGAAUAUUUUGCACAGCAAGUUUGGUUGGAACUAAAGGAGACAUCCCCAAUUUUGGCACAGUGGAAUACUGGUUCCGAUUAAGAGUUCCCAUGGAUCAAGCAAUUCGACUUUAUCGAGAACGGGCAAAGGCUUUGGGAUAUAUAACAUCAAAUUUUAAGGGGCCAGAGCAAAUGCAAUGGUUAAGUCAGCAAGCACCCAAAACUGCUCAGCUCGGUUCUACUGAUUCCACAGAUGGCAACUUAAAUGAACUUCAUGUUACAGUAAGAUGCUGCAGCCACCUGCAGUCCCGAGCAAGCCACCUUCAGCCACACCCAUAUGUUGUGUACAAGUUUUCUGACUUUGCAGACCAUGACACAGCCAUCAUUCCCAGUAGCAGUGAUCCACAGUUUGAUGAUCAUAUGUGUUUCCCAGUGCCAAUGAAUAUGGAUUUGGAUCGAUACCUUAAGUCAGAGUCUCUGAGUUUUUAUGUGUUUGAUGAUAGUGAUACCCAGGAGGAUAUUUACAUAGGAAAAGUCAAUGUGCCUCUGAUUUCAUUGGCACAUGACAGGUGUAUUUCAGGAAUAUUUGAGUUAACAGAUCAUAAAAAGCAUCCUGCAGGAAGCAUCCAUGUUAUAUUGAAAUGGAAAUUUGCUUACCUUCCACCAAGUGGAUCCAUAACAACUGAAGACUUAGGGAAUUUCAUACACAAAGAAGAGUCUGAAGUUGUUCAAAGACUACCUCCAACAUCCUCUGUUAGCACGCUAGUAGCACCAACACCUAAGCCAAGACGUUUAACACCUAAAGAUAAGAAGGUAUCUUUUGUGGAUAUCACACCACAUCAGCGUUCUGAGACCUGUACUCCUCCUGAAGAUACAAAGGAAAUUUCACCAGAAGUGGAACAUACGCCAGAAAUAGAAAUUAAUAUGCCAACUGUUUCACAUAUUCCUGAGGUUUCUCAGGAAAGUAGUGUAGAUAAGGUAAAAGAGAAUACAGAGAAAGUGCAACAAGGAAAAGAUGAUGAUGUGUCUUUACUCUCUGAGGGUCAGCUUGCAGAACGAACUUUGACUUCUUCUGAAGAUGAAACAGAAAUAACUGAAGAACUGGAACCAGAAGAUGAAGAAGACAGAUCAGCUUCUGACAGUGAUGAGUGUAUUAUUCCAGGUCCUAUCGCCAAGAGCAUCAAACAGCCAUCAGAAAAAAUUCGGAUUGAGAUCAUAGCUCUAAGCCUUAAUGAUUCUCCAGUAACUGCAGAUGAUACUAUCCAGCGACUAUUCAUUGAGUGCCGAUUCUACAGUCUUCCUGCUGAAGAGACACCUGUGUCACUUCCAAAACCCAAGAGUGGGCAGUGGGUCUACUAUAACUAUAGCAAUGUGAUCUACGUGGAUAAAGAAAACAACCAAGCCAAGAGAGACAUCUUAAAAGCUAUACUACUUAAACAAGAGAUGCCUAACAGAAGCGUUCGCUUCACUGUGGUCAGUGACCCUCCAGAGGAUGAGCAGGAUCUGGAGUGUGAGGACAUCGGCAUUGCUAACGUUGACCUCGCUGACAUGUUUCGGGAAGGGAGAGACAUCAUCGAGCAAAGUAUUGAUGUUUUGGACGCUCGAGCAGAUGGUGGAGGUAUUGGCAAGCUCAGGGUAACUGUCGAAGCACUCCAUGCCCUACGGUCUGUCUACGAGCAAUACAGAGAUGACUUGGAGGCUUGAAAGAAACUGCUCCAGAGGCAUCUCCUACUCCUGAGUAAAUGCUCACAUGAAAGCACUUAGAUGAGAUUUUCGUAAUUACUCUGGUGUAUGUAAUCUAUAAUUCAUGGGAAGCUGGGAGGGGGGAGGCCUGGGUUUGAAGUGUUCAACUUUUGUAUACUUUUUCCAUUUGUUUAUUUUUCUAUUCCCUCCUUCCCAUGACUGCCACCCCCUCAGGACUUAAGUUCUGCACAGCGGGCAACACCUUCUCAAUAAUUUAUACCUACAUGAUAACAUGAGAAAGUCUAUUUGCAUUUUCAACAUUUUCUUAUGAAGAACUGAAAUGCAAUUCCCAUUUUUAUUUUUAAUAAGCAAAAAGCAUAAAUCUUAGAAAACCUAUGAAAAAGAAAUACUUUUAUGUUAUCCCUAAUUGUCCCACUAAAUGGAAUGUGUAUUAUUAGCCUCAUUAAGAGUUUUGCACU